AACUAAAAUAUAAUAUUGUAUUGAUUACGAUCAUGACGUCGAUCGCCUCUAUUUGUGUAUGGCAGUGUUUAAUUAGCCGCGUGUGAUGAUGAAAUUAAUUUAAAAAGUUACGAGUUUUAGCGAUGUACCUACCGACUGUUCAUGCUACUAAUCAUAAAAUAUAGACAUACAAAAAGAUAUUAUUGUAAAAAAUUAAAGGAGUUUCAAGUAAUGGAGAUUGCAACCUAAUCUGCAUGCAGAGAGUGUUAAAUAUUCUAUCUAUAGAAACAAAUAAUUUCUAAGAACGUCGGUAUGUCAAGUCAAUUAAAAGUCUAUGAAAAGCUGGUGCCAUCCGAAAAUGAUUUGCAACUGACUGAAGUGAUCGACUUGAGAAGCGAUACAGUAACGAAGCCGGAUGUUCAUAUGCGUCAAGCAAUGUUCGACGCCGAAGUCGGUGACGAUGGUUACGGCGAGGAUCCCACCAUAAAUCUUUUGGAAGAAAAAGCGUCGAAACUAUUUGAGAAGGAAGCGGCAAUAUUUUUACCAAGCGGACUCAUGGGAAAUUUGAUUGCAAUGAUGGUUCAUUCAAAACAACGCGGAGGAGAAGUAAUAGUGGGCCAUAAAAGUCAUAUUUUGCUGUGGGAACAAGGUGGAGCUUCACAGAUUGCAGGGUUGCAAAUGCGAGAAGUUAAGAAUUUGGACGAUGGCACGUUAGACAUGACAGAGUUACUUGGAAAAAUACGACCGGAGUUCCCUGAUCCUCACGAACCAUAUACUACACUAGUGUGCAUAGAAAACACUCACAAUUAUUGCGGGGGUACUAUAUUGCCUGUCGAAUGGAUUGAUCAGUUGGGAAAACUGACCAAAGAGAAAAAUAUACCUUUGCAUAUGGACGGGGCUAGAGUGUUUAACGCAGCUGUGGGUCUUGGAGUUCCAGUCAGCCGCAUAGUGAAGCACUGCGAUUCCGUGACGUUUUGUUUGAGUAAAGGUCUCGGAGCGCCAAUCGGCUCCAUUUUAAUCGGUGAAAAAUUAUUCAUCGAAAAGUCCAGAAGAAUCAGGAAAGUUUUGGGUGGUGCCAUGCGACAAGCCGGAAUCGUGGCCGCGGCGGGACUUUACGCGUUGGAUAAUUGCGUGGAAAGGUUGGCCGACGAUCACAGAAACGCCAAGAAAAUAGCUUAUGCUAUCCAAAGGAUGGCAAGUCCCAAUGUGACCGUCAACCUAGACGCACUCGAUACAAACAUACUUUUGGUGAACAUUAACCCAUCUGGAGUCGACGCCAAAUACUUUGUUUCCGAGCUUAUAAAGGUGGACGCUGAUGAAGGCGACAGUAAGUCGAACAAUAAGAUACGAUCGACGGCCGUGAGGAUAGCGCAGAUAAACAAUGCAAGAGUGAGGUUCGUGACGCACAAGAACAUCACCGACAAAGACUUGGAUAUGGCCAUUGAAAAAAUUAAGUACGUCAUUGGAAAAAUCGACACGUCCUGUAGCCGAUAAUAACCCGUCAGCUGUUAUCAGAAUUCACUGUAUAUACUUACUAUAAUAUUUUAUAUAUAAAUAUAUAUUUAUAUUUUAAAAUA